UGAAGAGUCAAAGGCUUUCCGCAUGUAUAACCCCAUCACAAAGAAACUCAUCAUUAGUUGUGACGUUCGAUUUGCAAAAGGACAAACAUGGGAUUGGCAUAAUGUCACACCUGAUCUUGAAAGCUCUUUAGAUGCUGUAGACGAUACUGGCGUAAUUGCUAGUAAACAAACCAGUGAAAUAUUGGAGGGAGGUAGCACUAAUACAGUUGAUCAGCCACACAUGGGCACCGCAACACAAGUGGGUGCCACCUGUGACACGUCUGCAGCACAGGUGGGUAUGUUGACACCUCCUUCCAACGCAGCACCACCACCUCUACACACUAAAAAUCAGCCACAUUCCUCACGCAAACGACUAGCACGGCGGCCAGCCAG